UAGAAAUGAAGAGAGUUAGUAAUGCAAAAUCGCUCCGGGUUCCAUAAAACCAGGCAUCCCGUAAUUCUUUCGAGGUAAAACGGGCUGGAAGAUCUUGUUAAGUGUUUAGAUCCACAGGCCUUUCCGAAAGUGGAAAAUGGUGAUGCUGGGGAAUAUGUCAGCUUUCGGAUUUAGACUCAACGAAGCCCCCACGAGAGACGGGAUACAAGUACAAGACACGGCUAUAAAGGACAUUCAAGUCUUCACGACUGAAAAUAGAUGACUGUGCGAUUAUAGCCAACCCAUCAGGAUAUCCAAAAUCAUGGCUUUCGUUCCGACGACACGGUCCGAAGUUGAAGCAUGGCUGCUCAGGUUUCAUGCGUCUAACGACUCGCUCGACGUGAACAAACUACCAAAUAUAUACGCGAAGAACGCCGAGGUGCAGUUUGGUAACAUGCCGAUUCUGGUCGGGCACGACGCGCUCCGCAACUUCUUCUCGGCUAUUUGGCCGAAGCUGGAGACAAUGCACCACGCGAUCGAAAGCUACGACAUGAUCGAAGACAGGAUCUACUCGCCGUGCCGCAUAACGUGGGCUAUCAAGGACGAUCCAGAGAAGGAGAUAGUCUCGGUCCCGGCCUUCGCUGCCAUCCACCUGGUGACAUCCGGGGAGGAGAAGGGAUUGAUCCGCCGUGCUGCGUUUUAUAUGGAUGGUGCCCCGUUAGCAGCCGCGCUUCAGAGGUCGUCAUGAAAUGCGUCAUCAGUAGCGGGCAGUGGAUUUGCCCAGAUAGGAGGUCUAAUUAGAUAGGUUGAACAGAAGUAACAAUGUUAUGCAAUGUACCUAAUGCAAUCUUAUCGUGCUCGACACCUUGAUUUAUGCAUAUUUGUGUAUAUAUCGGCGCUUGCCAGCCUUGUGA